AGGAGAAGGGAACGCGCAGAGAGAAAGAAAGAGAGAGAACCCCGGGGAGAAAUGCCCGCUGGACGGAUGGAUUUUAUUUUCCCCGAGCUGUACGAGCCUCUGUAAGACAACAUGGGCUGCAUAGGAUCCCGGACGAUCACAGUGGAUGCGGUGCCGGUACGGAAAGAUGGGGAUCAGUUGUCCAUGGAGGACACUACUUCCAUUCUGCCUCGUCUCAAGAGGAAGUCCACCAACACCUAUGGGAUCGGUGCUCUGGCUAAGUCCUCUCUGACAGGUGUGUCAGGUGUGACACGCUCCAUGAAGGACAAAGUGACCAAGCCCACUGCCAUGGCUCAGGGCCGUGUCGCUCACAUGAUCGAGUGGCAGAGCUGGGGCAAACCAUCUGCAGGGCCAAUGGGGGGGGCAGGGCAUACCAACCUGCAGAGGGAAAAAGAGAGAAGGAUGGAGAACGACGCUUACAGCGACCUGAGCGACGGCGAGAAGGAGGCUCGCUUCGCUGCAGGUAUCAUGCAGCAGUUUGCGAUCUCCGAGGCGACUUUGUUUGGCUGGAACUCGAUGGAUGGGGAGAGUAUGGGAGCCGGCUCCAACCAGGGCAGCGUUGCUCACCUGAGUGAGGUCAACCAGGAGAGCAUCACCAGCAGAGACCAGGUGCUCCACCACUCCUCUGCAGAUGUCUGGCCUCACACCUACGUCUCACAGGGUCUGUACUGCCUGUCGUCCUCCGACGCCUGGGACCCAAUCACCAGCCAGCCCUCGGGCGUGGCCUCACCUGCUGCAGGCUCCUACAUAAUGGCUGCUGGUGGCAGCAAUGGAGCGGGAGGUACGCCUGCUGAGGGCUUUGAGGGGACGGUAGGUGGUUACCUUCAGCAGCACCAAGCUCAUCUGGCCCUGCAGCAGCACAGCCAACUCCAACAGCUCCAACAGCUUCACCACUACCAGCAGCAGAUUCUGCAGUACCAACAACAACAAUCCAUGGAGCACAGGCUACACAGUGCCUCCCAUUCCCUCCAAGCCACUCCUAACAGCACCAUCCACAGCCUUGGCCCUCCCACCCACCCUCGGCUAGCCGACCUGUGGGGAGCUGCGCAGGUCGAGGCGCACCAGGUGGAGAUCGCUGGGCAGCUGAGUGGACAGAUGGCUGACAUGGUCGGAGGAGUGGUGGAGACAGUCGGGGAGGAGCCAGAGCCCGAGUCUGAAGGCAUCCCUGAGCAGCAUGAAGAUGAAGAAGAGGAGCUGACGAAGGUAGAAGAGGUAACAUUUACCUUGGAGCCAGAGCCGUGCUCUUUGACCCCGUCCCCGCUGAGGGAGGAGGCCCCCUCGACCAGAGGUUCAAGCCCAGGACUGCCAGCACAGACCACCGAAUCCAUUGUGGAGAGGAUACCCUUCGACGUCACACCCUGCGUCGUCCAAUCACUGGAGGAGAAGGACGAAGAAGCGGAGGACGGAUCCAUUGUUGUUGUCGCGACCAACUGAAUCAUAUGGUCACAAACAGACUGACCAAAACAGGAAAUAAAUACUCCAAUAAUCAAUCAAGCUAUUAUCCCAACCCCUUCCCCCUUCCCAACUAUUUACCCACUUUGAGUGAGAGGCAACAGGAGAAGACUUUUCAGAUGGAAUCAUGGGAUGUAAUGUACACAAACUAUAUGCCAAGAAGCCCCAUAAGUUACCACAGGAAAUGAGGAAUAUUAUGUAUGUGACAAUGAACUAAUGAAACUUUGAGGCAGAUGACAGACUUGAAUUCAGUGACUGCUGAAACAAUCUGCGUGAGGAUGAGAUGGAUUAACGAAAAGUUUGGACCAAGGGGAUCAAAGAACCGGGACUGAAAGCCGAACAGUGGGCAAACAGAUGGAUGUGAAAUUCUCAAAAAAAAAAAUAAAACAAAAUAAAAAAAGAAGGUAGGACAAGAAGAAGAAAAGGCCUAGUUAAAAAAUUCAGUGCAAUACAACAAACAUGGACACAGCCAGACUUGGGUCAAACAGUAUUUGCAAAUAACUCUGAGUGCACCAAAAGUACGUGUGAAACCGCUCAGAAGCAGCAAAUGAGUUCUGGUUUGAUUGACAGCUUGCCUGAGCCCUAAGUGAGCGGUUCUGAUGCUGUGGACCCGGUCCGAUCUGAUACUCAUAGCAUGUGGCGCGCACUUGGAGUUAUUUGCAAACACGUGAUCUGGACACAACCAAAAGAAAGUGCAUGCUUUUUAACAGUGACCUAGCCCUAACAGUGUAACACAGUAUACAAAGUAAUAAUAUAUCAAAUUGCUUUUUAUAAUAAAAGAAAAAAUCCAAUAAACUUAUAUGUAUUUGUAUGAA